AUGAAAGUUCCUGAUGGAAUGAAAGAAUUAAUUCAUAUUGUUGCUGGUCUUCAAAAAGAUGUUAAACAAAUGAGAAAUGUUUUAACAUUACCAGAAGCUCAAGCAUAUGCCAAACGUCAUGGUCCAAAUUGGGAAGCACACGAAGCAGACAUUACGGGUCCAAAUGGAAAACCUGAUGGUAUAAAUGAAGUUUUCGUUACUGAUGGUCAAGGUAAUAUUAAAGUGAAACAAUAA